UUUCCGCCAGCCUGGAGUGUCUCCGCCCUUCCCGCCUCCCUUCUCGGAGCGUCUUAAACACAGGCCUUGGGCCUACAGCUCUGGGGGUACUUGGGGGGCGGGGGGGGGCUGGUCUGAUGAAUAACCCCUCCCCCCAGGUCCCAGAGGAAGAAGCCUCUACAUCUGUCUGCCGGCCCAAGAGUUCCAUGGCCUCCACUUCCCGCCGUCAACGCAGAGAGCGUCGCUUCCGUCGUUACUUGUCUGCAGGACGGCUGGUCCGGGCCCAGGCCCUUCUCCAGCGACACCCAGGCCUUGAUGUGGAUGCUGGGCAGCCCCCACCACUGCAUCGGGCCUGUGCCCGCCAUGAUGCUCCUGCCUUGUGCCUGCUGCUUCGCCUUGGGGCUGACCCUGCCCACCAGGACCGCCAUGGGGACACAGCGCUGCACGCUGCUGCCCGCCAGGGCCCCGAUGCUUAUACAGAUUUCUUCCUACCACUGCUGAGUCGCUGUCCCUCUGCCAUGGGAAUAAAGAAUAAGGAUGGGGAGACUCCUGGGCAAAUUCUGGGUUGGGGCCCCCCAUGGGAUUCUGCUGAAGAGGAGGAAGAAGAUGAGGCUUCCAAAGAGCGGGAAUGGAGGCAGAAGCUGCAAGGCGAGCUGGAGGAUGAGUGGCAGGAGGUCAUUGGGAGGUUUGAAGAUGAUGCUUCCCGUGAGACCCAGGAACCCGAGUCCUUCUCAGCCUGGUCAGAUCGCCUGGCCCGGGAACAUGCCCAGAAGCGCCAACAGCAGCAUCGGGAAGCAGAGGGAUCCUGCCGACCCCCAAGAGCUGAGACUUCCAGUCACAGCUGGCGACAACAGGAGGAAGAACAGCGUCUCUUCAGAGAGCGAGCCCGAGCCAAGGAAGAAGAACUGCGUGAGAGCCGAGCCAGGAGGGCCCAGGAGGCUCAAGGGGACCAAGGGCCUGAGCCAGCCAGGGCUGGGCCCAGGGCAGAGCAGCCCAGAGGGGUGGGAAGGGGCAGCCUCUGGCGCUUUGGCGAUGUGCCCUGGCCCUGCCCUGGGGGAGGGGACCCGGAGGCCAUGGCUGCAGCCCUGGUGGCCAGGGGCCCCCCAUUGGAGGAACAGGGAGCUCUAAGAAGGUACUUGAGGGUUCAGCAGGUUCGCUGGCACCCUGACCGAUUCCUGCAGCGAUUCCGGAGCCAGAUUGAGACCUGGGAGCUGGGUCGUGUAAUGGGAGCUGUGACAGCCCUUUCUCAGGCCCUCAAUCGCCAUGCAGAAGCCCUCAAGUAACUCUAGUGAAAGAACAAGAAACUGUGGGGAUGCAGGCUCAGGGGUGGGCAGGAGGAAGGGUAAGGUCAGGAAUGGGGACGCAAAAGGAAGAGGCACAUGCCACGUGGAGAGGAUAUGGGUGGGUGCGAAACUUGUAACUAGCGGGGGUGGUGGCAAAUGGGCCUCUACCGCUGCUCUUGACUCUGCCAUUUCCUAAUAAGACCUGGUUCCACGUCUCACUCCCAGAGUCUCCUCUGCCUUUUUCCAUCAGUAUGGUUUUCAUCACCCAUGACAUCUCCUUUCCCACCCGCCAGCCGAAACCCACAGCUCCUACACAACUGCAACAAGCACGCACGCACUGAUAUGUGCCAUCAGCUGGAGACCAGAAGCCCUCUGCUUGCCUACUCUCGAGGUCAGCCCUCAGAAAGCCUAGUUUACCCCAGCCUCAUCACUCUGCUCCCUACACAGGGGUUCUGUCCACUCUGCAUUCUGUGGCUGGAGAAACAGAUGUGAACAUAGGCCAAAAAAGGGAACAAAACCAGUUUCCCUCCACCACCACCACCCCCAGCUAACCAAGCAGAACCACAUCCUUCUCCCCACUUGACACCCCCUCCCCCUAACACAGGGCUUUCCCUUUGCUGAGUCACUGAAAGAGCGAGUAGGGGGCAGCUAGGGCUGGGGACCAUGAGGAGACCGAAGGUGGAAGAGAGAAGCAGGAUGGAUGGAGGAAAAGCCCUGUGGGGGAGGGAAUUUCGGUUGCUAAAAUUAGAUGCGGCGGAAGGAGACGGAAAGAGCCAAAUUAUGUAACCUGGGUUGUCUGUUCUUGGGCAACCAGAGAUCCACCCCUAUGGCUGGAUGGGCUAUUGAGCUCCCAGCUAGCUUUGCCCUCAAGCCUCUUAGUCCCGUCCCUCCUGUGGAGCCCUCUUCCAUCCAACUUCUGCCCCAUCCCAAACCCAGUCUUAUCUCUGGGCAACCCAGGCUUGGUCUGUCACAUAAGCAUCUCUUUUUGCAAAAAUUCAUAGUUGAGGUUCUGAGGAAUGGAGGAAGAGAACUCAGGAUUCCCACAAAGAGAGGGGGCUCCAUCUCUCCCACUGUUCGAACUUGGCUCCUACUCCAACUUCCUGGAAAUAAGGAAGUGUAGGCCUAACCCAACUGCCGUCGCCCAGAACACAACUGGGAACUUGAAGAAAGAAAGGGCAGGACUGAAAGGAAAAAGUACAGAUGUGCACUGGUAUGUGCAUGUCCACAUGAAAAUCUUUCCAGUCAAAAACUUAAUCAUCAGGACUCAAGCCCAAGCCCAGGUCUACACAAGAGAUCCUAGGAAUGCAAGUGGAGAGUGGUAAAGGAUAGGGAGAGGAAGACACUGGGGACAUGGGAUGGGCCUGAGACCCUGGAGAAGAUAGAAAACCUGAAGUUAGGAAGAGGCCCAAGGCUUUAGAGAACCAGGCCAGUGUCCUGGGACAGGAGGGGAAGAGGCUGGUGAGAAAGAUCCUGUGAGAGGAAGCUGCUGUGAUUCAGAGAAGAGACUUCGAACUGUGAGCAACCCAGGCGUCCGGUUCCUCUCACAGACCGGAGAUUUCGGAAGUGGCAUGCAAAGAGCCCAGGUUUGUAGUUGGGGGGAGUUGAGGUUAGGGUCCCUGAGCUGGCAAUUGAGAGAGAACUUUGGUGUCCACAUUUGUUUUUCUAUUCAGAUAUCUCUAAUUUUUAAGAACAUCAUCAUCUUCUCUGAAAGAGUUAUAUAAAACCAAAGCAAGAUAACCCCUGACACAAGGAUCCCCAGACCUCCCUCUUUUCAGCAUCCCUCCCUGGUGUCUGGCCCCCAGCCCUGAUGGGGGUUCCCCUGAGAUGAGGGCUGUUCACUUUCUCUGACCACAUGAUUUCCGUUUCUAUGUCUCUUGUUUCCUAGGCUGAUAAAAAUACUGAGCCCUAGAGGCCCUGGCUUCCUCUGACCCCCUGGUGCCAGGUAGCAGGCAUCCUGUCCACCACUGUGGGGGGCUGGGAGGGGCCACAGGGAUUCCCCCAGGGGUGACUCAGUGCCUACUGAGAAACACUGGGGAGAUGCAAGAUUGUGUAUCCCUGCUCUCAAGCUGGAACUAGGAGUUGGUAUCAGUGGAAGAUGCAUUAGGUUUCAGUUUGAGAAAUGGGGUUGAGAAUGAGACUAGUGAGAUUCAAGAGGGUCGGUCUGUGGAUUGGGGUGAGGAUAUGUUUGGGUUAUGUUAGGAAAAGGAUAUGGAAAGUAUUCUGUUCAGUGCAGAUCAGCUGAGCAUGAUGUAUCCCAAAGAAAUACAAACUCUACUUCAAGUUUGAAGUCCCAUAGGGGGACAGACCCAUAUUAAUUGACUGGUUGAAGGCAGGCCAAGUAAACUUUACAAUAGGGCACAUUGGAUAUAGAAAAGGGAAACACAAGAUGGAGAGCACAUCUGAGUAGGCCCCAGAGAAUAGAUGGGGUUUCAGUGGGUGAAGAGCUAUGGAAAGGCUUCAGAGGCAAACAAAGUAGCUUGACCAGAGACUGGGAAGUCAGAAAGCCUGGUAUGUGCAGGACAAGAUGAGUGUCCUGAGGUAGAAGCAGCAUAUGAGGAAGCACGUGGUAAAGAAAGGGCCACAGAAGGCCAAGGUUAGGAAUUUGGGCUUUAUGAGAACUGCUGUGAAGAGGGGGAUCAGGACAGCGCUGUGGAAGUGCACACAAUAGUAAAAAGGAAAUCACUGUCUUUUUGAAUACUGGCAAGGUGUUAACCAGCCCUUUUCCUACCAUCAGUAAUCUUGUUGGGGGCUCGGAUCACAAUACUCCAAAGAAUGAUGCUUUGGCAUGCUGAAUAAGUGCUUUGAACUGAAGGAAACAGGCUUCAGAAGCCAGGCUCUCUGCCUUUCUCUUGUCCUGUCGUACUGCUAAAGUGAGUCAUAAAAACCAGACUCCUCUCCUUUAAGAUGGGUCAUAGAAACUAGAAUCCUUCCACAAAGCCAGCUGUAAAAACUUAGAAAUAUUAUUCAAGCCUACACACACACACACACCCUUUCUGUGUAAGAGCCGGCCAUAAAGAAAUCCUGUGGCAGUGAAUCAUGAGACCCUCAUUCCAGAGGGCUCCUGCCCCAAACCCAAGAACAGGAAUACCACACGGGCCAACAAGAAGCUGAACAGGCCUGCUGAGUUUUCCUGCUCUGUGUCCAUCAGGUCAUACCCUUUUUUACCCAGUCACAUUUCUACAUCGCUCUUCAUUUUUCUUCAUCAACUCCAAGCAUAAAAAUGGACAGUUUUUCCUGAUAUUUACAUCUUCAUUUCUGAAGUCACUGGUGUCAUGUAAAAUUUUGAUUAAAUAAAUUUGUUAUGCUUUUCCCUUGUUAA